CGGACACUGCGAUCCCAAGAAAUGCACCGGGAGAAAACUAGCCCGGAAGGGGUUGCUGCGAACACUGCGCCUCCGCCAGAGAUUCCCGGGCGUCGUCCUGAGUCCGCUGGCCACGGAGUACGUCUCUCCGGCUGACAGGAUUCCCAGAUCUAGCCACCAUUCUUCUAAGGAAAUUUAAAUGGGGUAAGGCAUUUCUUGACCUGAACAAAAAUCUCUUGGAAAAAUACGCAGCCUGUCAUUGCCAGGACGACAUGCUAAUCAUUGAGAAGGACUUCUUAGCCUGUGUCCCAGAAAAAAAAGACGAAGAAGUAGAUCCAUUUGAUGUUGACCUAGAAAAAGAAUUUUCUAAUCCCAACAGGCCAGUCAAUUCCUCAGGUCUAGCACCAAGGAAAGAAGACUCUGAGGAGGACAGCAUAAGCAAUUCAGAUGAUGCCACUGAAAGCAGUGAAAGCACUGAUGAGAGCAAUCCAGAAGAAAUAAAAAUCCCCAACAAUCCCAAAGAGUUGUAACAUCUUGUAUAAAGAAAUUUUCUUGUGAA